UGGUGCGGGGAGGUGGGAUGGGGGGACAAGGGGUAGGGAGGAGUGGCGGGGCGAGAGACGGAGAAACCCAGGGUAGCAGGACAAGGGGAAGGGGAGGGGUGCCCGGGAACCUGGGGCCUUCGGAUGGAGAGGGGGAUGAAGCCAACCAGGUUUGGAACAAACCGGGAAGGGAGAGGACGGCUGUGAGGAGGGGCGCCUAGGAGGAGAGGUGAGGCUGAAGGCGCAGAGGAGAGUGUGUUUGGGGGAAGGGAAACCAGAGCAGGUAUGGAGGCCGCAGCUCAGAAGGUAGCUAUGGGGCCAGACUGGAGACCCCCGGGUGAGAGGGAGGGGCGGAGACUGGGAGAAGGAAGCCGGGAGCCUCCCAGAUCCUGGAGGAGGAAGGUGAUUUGGGCCAUCAGCGAGGGAGGCGGGGACGGUCGCUGAGGGCCCAGGCGAAGGUCUGGCGAGGGGCCGGCAGGGAAUGGAGAGACAUGGAUGGGUGGUCUUGUAGGUGCCCAACUCAGAGUGCCCUCACCCUUUCUCCAGCGUCCCCGCCCUGCCCCCAUGACACCCCCCACCAGCCUCAGGUCCCAAGAGGGGGUAGGGAGUCUGACUGUCUCCCCCUUCCCCAGCCGGGUGCAGUGUAGCCAAGUAGGCCCCGGCAUAACUCCUUGUCUAUAGGUACGUCCACUCCAGUGCAGCCGAUUUGUGUGUAUCUGGAGGUCUGUGUGUGCUGUGGGUGUGUCGGGGUGUUUAUGUCUAUGUGUCUGGCUGUUCUAGGUUGUGUUUACCUAUGUCAGUUUGUGUGUCUGGCCCUCUGUUUGCAGAGAUGGGUCUGUGACCUGGUGGUUGGUGUGUCUGAAUGUGUGUUUGUGUGCCUGCAGGCUGCUAUAGGUCUGUGGGCCCUGUCCGUGUGCUGGAUCAGGCUGGAUUUACAGGAUGGGGAUCUGUAUCAGGCUGAUCACUCCAGAGUGUGUGUUUGUGGCCCUGAACACCUUUGUCAGGGUGUGUGACUCUCUAUACCUGUCUGUCUGUCUGUGGGUCCUGGAGGCGGAGUUGGGUUUUCUGUGCCUCCAUCUGUUUUCCUUUCUCUGAGGACCCGAGUCACAUCUCUGCUCCUUUCUCUCUCUCUCAUUCAUUCCUGGCCCCGACCCACCCCACAUACUUCUUUUUUUCCUUUCCAUCCCUCUCCACCAAGUGGAUCCGGGACCCAGGGAGGGUCGCCCCCCGGGCCUGGUGGCGCUGAGCAGGGCCCCCCAGCCCCCACCUCCUGCCCCACGACAUGAACCUCCUCUACCGAAAAACCAAGCUGGAGUGGAGGCAGCACAAGGAAGAGGAGGCCAAGAGGAGCUCCAGUAAGGAGGUGGCUCCCGCAGGCCCGGCGGCGGGGCCCGGGGCCGGCCCGGGGCCGGGCGUCCGCGUGCGGGACAUCGCCUCGCUGCGCCGCUCGCUGAGGAUGGGCUUCAUGACGAUGCCCGCCUCCCAGGAGCACACCCCUCACCCCUGCCGCAGCGCCAUGGCCCCCCGCUCCCUGUCCUGCCACUCGGUGGGCAGCAUGGACAGCGUGGGGGGCGCGCCUGGGGCGGGCGCCGGGGGCCUCACUGAGGACGGCGGCACCCGAAGACCCCCGGCCAAGCCCCGGAGGCACCCCAGCACCAAGCUUAGCAUGGCGGGGUCGGGGGCAGAGACGCCCCCCAGCAAGAAAGCAGGCUCUCAGAAGCCAGCCCCCGAGGGCCGCGAGUCCGGCCGGAAGGUCCCUCCGCAGAAGCCCAGGCGAAGCCCCAACACCCAGCUGUCGGUGUCCUUCGAUGAGUCCUGUCCCCCAGCCCCCUCCCCUCGAGGGGGGAACCUGCCCCUUCAGCGCCUCAGCAGGGGCUCCUGUGUGGCCGGGGAUCCUGAGGCGGGCGCCCAGGAAGAAGAGCCCGUGUACAUCGAGAUGGUGGGCGAUGUCUUCAAGGGAGGAGGGCGGAGUGGAGGAGGCCUGACGGGGCCCCCUCUGGGGGGUGGGGGCCCGACCCCUCCCGCUGGCGCUGACUCGGACUCGGACGAGAGUGAGGCCAUCUAUGAGGAGAUGAAGUACCCGCUGCCCGAGGAGGCCGGGGAAGGCCGGGCCAAUGGGGCCCCUGCACUGACCGCAGCCUCCACGCCACACCAGCCUCAAUCCCUUCAGCCCCUCACCCACCGCCGGCCAGCUUCAGCCCUCCCGAGCCGAAGGGAUGGCACGCCCACCAAGACCACUCCUUGUGAAAUUCCCCCGCCCUUCCCCAACCUCCUCCAGCACCGGCCUCCGCUCCUGGCCUUCCCCCAAGCCAAGUCUGCUUCCCGAACCCCCGGCGACGGGGUCUCGAGGCUACCGGUCCUCUGCCACUCCAAGGAGCCAGCUGGCUCCACCCCAGCUCCCCAAGUGCCUGCCCGGGAGCGGGAGACGCCUCCCCUACCGCCUCCGCCUCCCGCUGCCAACCUGCUGCUGCUGGGACCCUCGGGCCGAGCCCGGAGCCACUCAACACCAUUGCCGCCCCAGGGCUCUGGCCAGCCCCGGGGGGAGCGGGAGCUGCCCAAUUCCCACAGCAUGAUCUGCCCCAAGGCGGCAGGGGCGCCAGCAGCCCCUCCUGCCCCGGCUGCCUUGCUCCCCGGCGCCCCCAAGGACAAGGCCGUGUCUUACACCAUGGUGUACUCAGCAGUCAAGGUGACCACGCACUCCGUCCUGCCAGCUGGCCCGCCCCUGGGUGCUGGGGAGCCAAAGACGGAGAAGGAAAUCGCAGUCCUCCAUGGGAUGCUGUGCACCAGCUCGAGGCCCCCUGUGCCCGGGAAGUCCAGCCCCCACAGCGGGGCUCUGGGUGCAGCAGCUGGGGUUCUCCACCACCGCGCCUGCCUGGCCUCCCCACACAGCCUUCCGGAUCCAACCACAGGCCCCCUGACCCCCCUCUGGACCUACCCAGCUGCAGCAGCUGGGCUCAAGAGACCCCCUGCCUAUGAGAGCCUCAAGGCCGGGGGGGUGCUGAAUAAGGGCUGUGGGAUGGGAGCUCCGGCCCCCAUGGUCAAGAUCCAGCUGCAAGAGCAAGGGACGGACGGGGGGGCCUUCGCCAGCAUCUCCUGUGCCCACGUCAUCGCCAGUGCGGGGACGCCAGAGGAGGAAGAGGAGAUGGGUGCCUCGACGUUUGGGGCAGGCUGGGCUCUGCAGCGGAAGGUCCUGUAUGGAGGGAGGAAGGCAAAAGAGCUGGACACAGAGAUCGAGGACAGUGCCCGGGCCUGGAAUGGCAGUGCUGAGGGUCUAGGCAAGGUGGAGCGUGAGGACAGAGGCCCUAUGGCAUCAGGGAUCCCCGUGAGGAGCCAGGGGGCAGAGGGCCUGCUGGCCAGGAUCCACCACGGAGGGGACCGAGGAGGAGGCCGCACAGCGCUGCCCAUACCCUGCCAGACCUUCCCCGCCUGCCAUCGCAACGGAGACUUCACUGGAGGCUACCGCCUGGGGCGUUCGGCCUCCACCUCCGGAGUCCGGCAGGCCGCGCUCCACACCCCCCGGCCCUGCAGCCAGCCCAGGGAUGCCCUGAGCCAGACCCAGCCUGCGCUGCCGCUGCCGCUGCCGCUGCCGCUGCCCCUGCCGCCCCAGCCCGCCCGCGAGCGCGACGGCAAGCUGCUGGAGGUGAUCGAGCGCAAGCGCUGCGUGUGCAAGGAGAUCAAGGCGCGCCACCGGCCCGACCGCGGCCUCUGCAAGCAGGAGAGCAUGCCCAUCCUCCCCAGCUGGCGGCGCGGGCCCGAGCCCCGCAAGUCCGGCACGCCGCCCUGCCGCCGGCAGCACACGGUCCUCUGGGACACGGCCAUCUGAGGGGGCGGGGGGCCGGCUCUCCCAGACUGGCCUCGAAAGAGGAACGCUUGAAGGACCAGGUGAAAGAGAGCCGCCGGGGAGAAGCCCCCGCUGCCCUCCACCCUAACCCUUGCCCCCGGACGGGGAAUCGGCCGGGCCGGUCGGGCUUGGAGUCCCAAGCCGCAAACCCCAGAAGGGUGAGGGAGGGGUUGCUUGAAGUUGGGAGUGAGGUCCUCCUGCUGGUCUCCCCUCUGAGCAAAGUAGACCGCCCCACCCCAGGUCAGCAUGGGGGAGGAGGGAGGGGUCAGGGAGGAAAGGGGGGCGGGCCAGCGAGGGACAGAGAGUGAGAGGUAGAAGGGGCUCUUUUAGAGAGUGGGGGAGGUGGUAAUUAUUUUGUUGUUUAUUUCGGUUUGGAAGGCAAUUCUGGGCCCGUCUGAUCCACUCCUGAACAAGGAGUGGGGAAUCGCGGGCAAGUAAAGGGAACUAAGUUGGCAGUCUCCCCAGUACCCAGAGGCCCCGCCAUCCAGCUGUGCCCUCCCCGCCCCGUCACUCCCCGCAAAGCCAGGGACAGACUGGUCUGGAGAGCAGUGGAGCCGCAGAAGGGAGGGGCUCUGAGGGUGGAGAGUCGGGAGGGCCAGAGGGCUCAUUCACAGUAUUUACCAGUCGCCAGUAUUGGGUAGUGAGCUUGGCCUGCUCUGAACCGGGCAUCUUAUUUAGCUCCAGGGUGAGGGUCUAGCACCAGGGAUGGGCGGGGUGAUAGGGAAGGAGGGGAAUUUUCGCGGAGGGGGGUGGGGGUGGGCAGGGUAUUUAUUU